AUGCUGAAGGAUGUUGCUGGCAGCAAAUCGGUCUCCACAGUGUCUCCAGGCAGGGCGCCAGUAGCAAGAUCCAGGAAGCAAGAGCUUGAUGAAGCUCUGGUGGACUUCAUAGUGAAGGACUACCAGCCUUUCUCUUGCUUCCUUGUUCCCUCCCCCUCUGGUUCUAUCUGCUUGGAUCUUCUGAAGGAUCCGGUGACUAUUCCCUGUGGACACAGCUACUGUGGGAACUGCAUUAAAACCCACUGGGAUGUAGAGAAUCAGAGGAGAAUCCACAGCUGCCCUCAGUGCAGGAAAGAGUUCAUACUAAGGCCUGUCCUGGAGAAGAACAUCACAUUAGCUGCUUUAGCAGAGGAUCUGAAGAAGACUGAUCUCCAAGCUGCUCCAGCUGAUCACUGCUAUGCUGGACCUAAAGAUGUGGCCUGUGAUGUCUGCACUGGGAGGAAGAUGAAAGCUGUCAGAUAUUCCUUAUCCUGUCCAGCUUCUUACUGUGAGAACUGAUGUCCUUGAAAUGAAGGACUAGCAGUCCAAGAGGCUCCAGACGAUCAGCAGUGUAUCUGUUAUCUCUGCUCUAUGGAUGAACAUAAAGGUCAUGAAACAGUCCCAGCUGCAGCAGAAAGGACUGAGAAGCAGAAGGAGCUCCAGGUGAGUCGACAACAAAUCCAGCAGAGAAUCCAGGACCAAGAGAAAGAUCUGAAGCUGCUUCAACAGGAGGUGGAGGCCAUGACCACAACCAGUUUUUCCACAACUACCCCUCACUGUCAGCACUCAGUGAGUCUACACACUCAUCCAGCAUCAAUAUUCGUCCUCUGAGAUACUUUGAGGGUGUGACAGCAGCUGUGUCAGAGCUCAGAGAUAAACUACAGAACAUCCUGAGAGACACAUGGACAAACAUCUCAAUGAGAGUCACUGAAGGAGAUGUUUUACUGUCAGAACCAGAACCAAAGACCAG